AUGGAAGGGCAUCACGUUGUCAUCACUGACCCCGACGGCACUCCUCGCUGCACUCCGCUGACGCGGCCCUCCAAGGCAGCAGCUGUGUUGUCGCCUGGCCCUCCGACCCUUUUUGGUAUUCCCUGCAGCAGCGAGAGGAAGUCAAGCUCAGCGAGCAUCACGGCCACACUAACCGGAGCGACCACGUGCAGCGGAGACGCUUCCGCACGGCGUGGCAUGGCAAGCGGUGCCACGAGCAGUUCCACAGAUGUAGACAGAGGCAACGGACCGCACCAUCUGCCACCGCUCACCGAGCCGUGCUCGAGCCGCCGCUCCAGUAGGUGUGACAGCAGCGUUGGGGUGUCUCGGUUUUCCGCAUCCUCGUGCGGCACUCCGGGCAUUUGGCCGAAGCGUGGAGAGGCGGCGCAGCUUCAGCACUUGGAGCAGGUCAGCCUGCCGCCACAGGAGAUGUCGCGCCCCUCCCUCGAGGAAAGGCAAGCCAAUUCCAAAGUAAUGUCGAACGAGGACUCGAUGCAGCACAGCUACGGCUCAAUAGGAUUCACCCAAGGCACUGCAGAGCGGGCGAAGCGGCAGACAAGUUCGCAGCUGGUGGGGCCGACAGUACCGGUGCUGACGAUGGGGUCUGGAGCGCCGCCAGCCACACUUUGCGCGGAGAAGGCAGCUGAGGGGGCCCUUGAACACCGCCGAGUAGAGAUGGACGGAGUUAGCAUUUUUUUCAAAGCAGCACGGUUCCGCGUGCUGGAGGUGAUACCAGUGCUCUUCAACCGUCUCGCUGCGGCAGAGAAACGACUCACCCGCUACGAGCGCAACAAGCUUCAGGUGAACUCGCACAACGUAGCGCUGGUAGUGGUGCUGCAAGACAUGCAGGUGAUUGGAGUGUCUCGCGUAUACGUGGUGGCUGCUGUGCAUCUCAUCUGGCAGCGGAUCAACGCGCAGCUAUGGCAGGCGCAUCAACUUCUCCGCGUCGUGGAAGAGCUUAAGCACAAGUACUCCAAGGCCUACGUGGACCUCGUCUACCCAAGUGGCCGAGGCUCCAUGGUGUACGACAGCGCGAUCACCCAGCCGCCCAGCGUCAUCGAUACCCCGCUACUGCGAGAGGGAACGCGGCGCCACAUGCAGGACGACGUCGUACCUCAGCCUCCGUUAGUAACGCCACUACCGCUGCAGCUGCCGCGCACGCCUCCUGCACGGCGUCAAAGCAUGGUACCCAGCCGCACUACUACUGACGCCUCCGACCUGGCAGGAGACAGCGGCUGUAGCAGCUUCUUCAAAGCCAUCGCGACCGAUCGCAUGCCCGGUCGGUACGCGAGUGUGUGCUCUGCCGCUACUUCAUUCCCCGCAACGGCCGUCACAUGCAUUAUCGGCGGCGACUUUAACUCGGAGCGCAGCGGACCGGUUAUGGAGUACCUGCGCACCGGCAGAGUGCCGGGCGGGACGGAGGUGAUGGAGUACUGGCGAGCGCCGCAGUUGGAGUCGCCGGUGCCGGUCGACCACACGGAUAGGCGGGUCACUGGUGAGGCGACCGGCAGAGACGCGGUGAAUGCGCCGCACCCCACCUCUCAACUCCCACCAAGGGUGCCUCCACCAACACUGUCUGGUGUGCUCAGCGCCGCGAGACAGGAGCUGAUCAGCCCCUACCCACGCCACUCUAAGGACUCCCCCUUAUCUUCAAUGGGCUCGCCGCCCUCGAUGCUGGUGCGCCGCGCGACCCAGUCUCCACCCCCCAGCGCCGAGGGCACCACUGUUAGUGGUGCAGCGACCGGCGGGAGGUCAGGGGAAGGCCUCUGCCGCCUUCAACCAUGCACCCCGCUUAGCAAGCGGCCAUCCAAUCCUUACCCUAUCCGCGUCUCGGACGGGGCACUAUCCACGUUCAAUGAAGCAGCCGAUCCACUGCUCAGAAGGCAAGACAGUGCAACGGAUUUAACCGCCGCCGCCUCGACAUCCCUGCGAAAGUCUGGCGGCGCGCAGAGUCGACAGCCCGCCAAAGAGGCCCUCGACUUCAACCGUGGAUGCCCCUCCCCUACUCCAUCGUCGUUCACCAAUGACUUUGUCAACACGCCGAGCUGCGAUGAUGGUGGUGACAGAAGCCCUCCAACGGUGGCCGCGACGCCACUGAAGUAUAUGCUGUGUUCCGUACCGCCGAGGGUUGCUCGUUGUGGCAGCUUGGACGCUCAGUCACCACUGCCGCGUCCCUCACGGUUGACGAAGACGAGUGCUACUGUAGGUACUGCCUCCCCAGCCUCCGCACUACAGACCUUGUCAUCUGCGUUGCAGGAAGGAGACUGCGCUGUCUGUCCCGUAAACCACUGCUCCUGUGCACGGCGACGCAUCUCACCGGACAUCAACACCGAGAGUAGUACGCUGGACCACUCCGGUAGUCACAGUGUCAGCGAGAACGGGAGCGUGUUGAGCACUGCACUCGCAACGAGCUGCACGAUGCGACUCGCCGAGCACACUCGCCACGACACGCUAAGUCUGGAGUUCGGCGAGCCUGACUGGGAGGACGAGGAGAGUCGCGGCCGGACCCCCAUAUCAGACCAGGCAACCGACGGUACAUCCUCGGUGCAGCCAAGCCCCUCUCAAGGUCACAUGGCAGGGUGGGGUGAUGCGAGCGGGGUCGUAGAGAAGGCCGAGGGGAACGAAAAGCGGCGUUAUCGCAUCCAUAAGAUGGCAAGCCUCGCAGAUGCGAACGGCAUCAGCAGGGGUAGGGACUCUUCAAUGGGCAUGAACUUGGGACCGAGGUUGAAUGAGCCCCCGUUCUCCUCCUACAGCGACAUGACGACGCCGGCUUGCCCGCGAUCACGCCCGAAGCGGCAGCCCGCUGGAGCCACCCCCGGUGCCAGGACACCACACCCUGUUUCGCCCCAAGUGGUGCGUCAUUUUCCCUUGCAGGAGUCGCCGCAGCCGCUCUCAGAGACAGAGUACGAUACCACGUUCUUCAACGUGUCUACCUCCUCACCGCCGACGUCCCUCAUGUACCUGCCUUUCCUCAUCUCCGACAGCGCCAACACCCCGACCAGCCUGCCAGUGUCUCUCAUUGACGACGUGAUGCAUGCGAUCCGCUUGAGUGACGCCUAUGCCCCGUACUGCUACCGCCAUCCCUCGAGUGUUUCAGCGGUGAACCCGUCCACGAAUGGGGAGGGUAGGGUACUCGACCACAUACUAUACGAGGAUGAGCACGUGGUGUGCGGCGGGGUGUUACGGCUGGGCGAGCUGCAGGAGAUUCCAAACGCACGAGUGCCGAGCGACCACUACAUGAUCGGGAGUGUGCUGAUCCCCACCCAGGAGUUGCACUGGGCUUGA